UGACGUGACGUGGUAUACCAAGAGUGGACGUUUAACGAAUUGGCCGCACCACACACCGUGGCCAGUUUCGCGUAAAUGGAUUUCAGCUGGUAAAGUUUCGACCGUUUCGGAAAGUUUUGUAACAGUUUUUUCAGUAGACUUAACAAAAAAUUUAAUUGAUUUUUGGAAAAAUGGUGUUGUUAACGAUGAUUGCGAGGAUAGCAGAUGGUUUGCCAUUAGCGGCGACCAUGCAAGAAGACGAACAGAGCGGAAGAAGCAUUUUAGAAUACCAGAAUCAAGCAAAGAUGUUAUUUAGGAAAUUAGGUCCUCAGUCGCCAGCUAGGUGCACAAUAGAGACUGGCCCGUAUUUAUUCCAUUAUCUAAUCGAAAAUGAAGUAUGUUACUUGGUACUAUGCGAAAAGAAUUACAGUAAACGCGUGGCUUAUAGUUAUCUCGAAGACAUCGCGCAAGAAUUUCAUUCUUUGUACGGCAGACGUGUCAAUACGGUUACCAGGCCUUAUAGUUUUAUCGAAUUCAAUACGUAUAUUCAAAAAGCAAAGAAAGUCUUCUUAGAUGGUAGGUCUAGAAGAAAUAUGAACGCACUUAACAGUCAGUUACAGGAUGUACAAAGAAUUAUGGUUCAAAAUAUCGACGAUGUCUUACAAAGGGGUACAGUUCUGUCAGAAUUAGAUACAAAAACUCAAAAUCUGUCCAUGUUAUCGCAGAAAUAUAAAAAAAAUGCAGCCCAUUUAAAUAGCAAAUCGAUGUAUGUAAAGGCUGUGGCUGGGCUGGUUGCAUUUUUGGUCUUUCUGCUGUAUUUCUUUAUUCUUUAGUUGUUCAAACUCUUUGACAAAUUUGUUAUCGCCGUGUAAAAACCACUAAUGUUUUUAAUCAUUUUGUUUUUUUCUCCUUCAAGAUUAGCAAUUGUAUUGUUAUUUUCAACGAGUACGCAACGUGUUUAGAUUUUGAAUUUAAUUAAGUUCGAAAACGCUGUACAUAAGUUGCAUCCAACGAAAAACUACCCUUGCGAUAAGUAUUUUAUUAUUUACGCGAUUAAUAUAACGUACAAUCAUCUUUGUUUCUGUUUAAUAAAAACCAAUGCUAACAAUUUUAUUAAAAUAAAAGACAAUAUGUACAGCCAC